AUUGUAUAUUGGAAAUACGUACGUCUGCUUUAGAAUAGUUGAUCUAAAAAAGUUGUGAGAUCACGCGCAAAGCGCAGUGGCCGUUCUGCUAUAUACAAGUUAGUGUUUUGAAAAGGACAAUUGUAAACAAAGUUGCUUAACAAUGUCGUCAAACGAAGCAAAUGCAGAAAAUGCGAGUGCGACCGUACCGACUGCAGAGGUUGAGGCGUUGACGCUGAACAAGAGCAAUGGAGCACCACCUUCACCUGCACCACCUGAUUCACCAGCACCACCUUCUGGAGGACCAACAUUCACUGAAGUCUUCAAAAGUUUCUCAAAAUUUGGUGAUACAAAAUCUGAUGGUAAACACAUAACAUUAUCACAGAGCGAUAAAUGGAUGAAGCAAGCCAAAGUCAUUGACGGAAAAAAAAUUACUACCACAGAUACAGGAAUUCAUUUCAAAAAACUUAAAACAGUGAAAGCAUCAAUUGUAGAUUAUAAGAAAUUUCUUGAAGAUUUAGCUAAAGCAAAAAACAUUCCUGUUGAAGACAUUAAGAAAAAAAUGACGGGUUGUGGAGCUCCAGGAUUAACUGGAGUAGAGUGUACGAAGACACCAUCGGCUGUAGAGCGUCUUACGGACACUUCGAAAUAUACUGGAUCACAUAAACAACGAUUCGAUGAAAGCGGAAAGGGCAAAGGAAUUGCUGGCAGGAAAGAUUUACCAGACAAUUCCGGAUAUGUCACGGGGUACCAACAUAAGGACACAUAUAAUAAAAUCCAUUAGAUUUAAAUUAUAUAUUUACAUCGAUAUGAACUAAAUAAUAA